GUUGAUCUCUUAUCUGAUUCUGCACUCACAGUUUGUCUGUGGACUGAAUACUGAUUGCAUCCAAGGCAAAAAAAUAAAAAAUAAAAAUUUUGUUCUCCUUUAGUAAUGGAAUCUCAGUAUCAACCGUUUAGCGCAACGGACAGCAGCUUGGAUGAAGCAGAUCGCAAUAUCAGCCAACGAACAGGAAUGAAGAGAAUAUUGACGUACAUCCUCUACAGCGGGCCGCUGCUGCUGCUUUUGAUUCUGCUCUUGGUCUUAGGGGUCAUAUUCUCUCAGGUGAAGAAAGAAAUUACUGAUGUCAAACUACAACUCAAGAUCAUCAACAAUAGAGGACCAACGUCCUUAUGUACUUCAGGUCCAACCGAAGCAAAACAAGUCCCGGUGGAGAGAAUUGCUCCAGUUAGAGGAACUUGCAAGGAGGGCUGGGCGAGUUUCCAGGGGAGCUGCUACCUGCUUUCCACCACCACCACCGUCUGGCAACGAGCCGAAGAUCAGUGUAGAUCAUCUGGAGGACACCUGCUAGUUCUUAACAAUGUGGAGGAACUGGACUACAUUUCAGGCAUUGUUGACAUCAAGUAUUCCUACUGGAUCGGACUGGUGGAGCGACAGCAAGAGGGCCACUGGAGCUGGGUGGACGGAACCGACUUUGACUCGACCCCAACAUUCUGGGACCAGGGUCAACCUGACAACUGGGACUUCAGGGUGAACGGAGAGGACUGUGGGCAGCUGCAUGCCUCUGUGAACCGCAAACGCAAGCUGUGGAAUGAUGCAGACUGUAGCCUGGGCUACAGGUACAUCUGUGAAGCCAAGGCAUGAGACACAGCUGGGAGUUAUACAUAGCUCAAGCUUUGUUGAUAUACCCAGACUGGUGAGGGGGAGAGGAUGGAUAAAAGUAAAACUAUUUGGCCUAUUAAAACAUCUGUUAACCGGUGGUUGCCAUGGUUUUCUCUUCCUCACAAUAAAAGUUCAUUUUAAAGCAAAA